UUUUGGGAUGACCAAUUAACCAGCAAAGAAACGGACCUCAUAUGUGGUACAUACGAGGUUGCUACAGGUAUGUGUAUACAACAAACUGCAACACGGUCCUGGUGGCCCCGUCCGAACUCUUGGAAAACAUGUGGACUUAAUUGUGGAUAUUGGUCGAAAGAUGCCGAAAAUUGGUUU